CGUCUCCGCCCCGGUGCCGCCUCCUGGAGGCGGAGGGGUGCGCGGGUCGGCCGGGAAGGAGGCGUGGGUAUGGAGCCGGCGGCAGCCGCAUUACCCAGGGCCCGCGCCGCCGCUUAGGGCGUCCCGGGGGCUCCUUGGGGGCUCGCCCGGCUCCGGGGACCCGAGGAGCCCGGCGCUGCGCGGAUGGCCCUGCUCCCGCGGCCCGCGCUCACCCUCCUGCUGCUCCUGCUGGCCGCCGGGGUCAGAUGCCAGGAGCAGGCCCAGACCACCGACUGGAGGGCCACCCUGAAGACCAUCCGGAACGGCGUCCACAAGAUAGACACCUACCUGAACGCCGCCUUGGACCUCCUAGGAGGGGAGGACGGGCUCUGCCAGUAUAAGUGCAGUGACGGAUCUAAACCUUUCCCACGUUAUGGUUACAGACCCUCCCCGCCGAAUGGAUGUGGUUCUCCACUGUUUGGUGUUCAUCUUAACGUUGGUAUCCCUUCCCUGACGAAGUGCUGCAACCAACAUGACAGGUGCUAUGAGACCUGUGGCAAAAGCAAGAAUGACUGUGACGAGGAGUUCCAGUAUUGCCUCUCCAAGAUCUGCCGAAAUGUGCAGAAAACACUAGGACUAGCUCAGCAUGUUCAGGCCACUCUGCUAUAUCUCUCAUGUGAAACAACCGUGGAGCUCUUGUUUGACAGUGUCAUACAUUUAGGCUGUAAACCAUACCUGGACAGUCAGCGAGCUGCAUGUAGGUGCCGUUAUGAAGAAAAAACAGAUCUUUAAGGAAGAUACUGACAGCUGGUGACAGAUGAUGAUGGAAGAACAUAGUCUUUGCCCAAGAACAAAUGUUUUUAUAGCAUAAAAAUAUUUUAUGAAAAGAUUAGUUUAAGACCUUAUAAAAGUUUAUAUUUUAACAUUAAAACCUCGAAGUAAAACAUCGUGGAGGAGGUCAGAGGAGGCGCGCCUGCCUUCUCAGCCGCCCUCCUGGUGGUUGUGCCUUAGUGUGCCAAAUUGUCUUGACCAGUAUGUUUUAAGGGCAGAAUUUUUACAAAGAAGCAUUAUAUAACUUGAUUUUUGCAACCAAAUUUACCAAGAAAAAUGAGAUCAAAUAUAAAAUUCAUUAUAAAGGCUGUUCAACAUUAUUAUUUUUUUGGAACUACGGGAAAUUCUUCACUUAAUUACACAUAAUUUGUUGUUUUUCUAUAGUCCAUUGAGCCUAUAAAUAAGUCACACUUCUAUUAGGGCUAAUUAUAAGGACAAGGUUUCCAUGUCUGUUUUUCAGCUGAUCACCACUCAGGAAACAAACCCAGCAUAUGUAAUCUAAAUAUUAUGUAAUAUGCGUAGAAGGUGACGUGAAGAAGAUACAGAAACAUAGCUACUUCCGUUUUAUGGACCACUCAUAACACAAAGGUCUAAUUUGGAGUAAAGGUGGAUAUAAUGAAACAAAUGAAAAUUUAUUUAACAAACACAUUAGUGCGCUAUUUACUGUUAUCCUUUGAUGUUUAUUUCCUAGCACUUGUUCCUUGUGGUAGAUGCUGGGAUAUUUUUAAAAGACUGUAACCUUUUACUAAUUGUGGACUUAAUAAAAGUUGUUCUUGAUACC